UUAUUUUUAGCCUUAAAUUACCCUUAUAAAUUUCACCCAAGUUUCAGUUCAUUCUCAUCCUCAAAUCAAGUCUCUUUUAAUACACUACUUCAUCAAAUUCUUCCUUAUUUCUUCCAUUUACAAUAUACAAAAAUACUUCUAAAAAUGGCGAAUUCACGCAUCGCAAAGUUCAUUACGGAGGUUGCACCACCGCAAUACAUUAGUGUCAUGAGGCAUAGAGCAUCAAAGGUGAUGGAUACAAUUAAGGAGGAGGAGAGAGAUGUUACCUCAAGCAACUCUCUUUCUUCUUUUCCUACUUCCGCCGACACUAGUGCUGCGGCGGCGGCUUCUGCUGCCAACUCCAAGUACUUUUCCAAAAGGAUUCAAAGAUCUUUUAGUUUCUAUCUUUGAGAACUGAAUACUAUUUUUGAUUUCUAGAUAUUUGCAUCUUUUUUUGUCACUAUUUAAUCUCGUGGCGUUUCAAGAAACAGAAUAUAGAGCAGUUUCUACACUCGCUUGUGAAAUUCAUGUCGCUGAUUUGCUGCACCCUUUGAUCAUUCCAAUAGCGGAUUGUUUCACCAAGCAUCUGCCAUGUUUUACACUCCUUUACGAUCUGUAUGCUCCAGCUUGAAGGGGCGUAAAUCGUUAUCAUUAUCCUACUUAAGAUAACAAAUUUUCACUCUGGUGCACCUAAACGGUUACUUUUAAUACCGUUUUGCAUGCUAUAUGCUCAGUUCAAGAACAUACAGUGAGCAUGUGCAACUUGCACCUUUGAUGGCUUUAGUAGUAUAAAUAAGUACGGUUUCUUAUUUUCUUUGUAAUCAAGAUUUCAUUUUCAAUAAUAAAAUCAUUCUACUUGCUCUUAACCUAA